AUGGCCUUACUCCUCCUCAAAACCCUCGUGUUCCCGCAAAGCAGGCACGCGGGGUACAAUGCCGUCGCAACACGCAGUCCCGUCGACUGCGAGCGCGGGUCAACGGAUCUCUCGCUCUCCUCCGACGACGACGGCGACUACAAAGAGAAAGCGGCGUCCGCGUCGCCCUCGUUGCCCCCCAAAGACAGCAGCACGGCGGCAAGCAAAAAGUCGGCUUUCCGCAUCAACCCGCGCACAAUCAGCGACGCCACUAUCGGCCUUUCAGACGGCUUGACUGUCCCAUUCGCCCUGACAGCCGGCCUCUCCGCGCUCGGCGACACGCAUGUAGUCAUCUACGGCGGGCUCGCGGAGCUCAUUGCUGGGGGCAUCAGCAUGGGGCUCGGCGGGUACCUGGGCGCGAAAAGCGAGACGGAAGCCUACCACGCCGCACUCUGCGAAACGCGGUCAAUCGUGCAGACGGAUGGCGAGCGGGCGAGCGGGAUGGUGCGCGAGGCGUUUGCCAACUACGAUUUUUCGGAGCAGACGCUUGCUUGCAUGACUACGACUUUGGCUGCGGACCCGGAGCGCAUGGUGGAGUUUUUGAUGCGCUUUUACCAUUUGAUGGGUGAUGCGGCUGGGGCGCAGGAAGGGGGGAGUGGAGAGGUGGGCGUCAUGUCGAGGGCGUAUGUGUCUGGUUUUACGAUCUCGAUGGGGUAUCUGCUGGGUGGGUUGAUUCCGCUUGUGCCGUAUCUGUUUUGCACGGAUAUGAGGAACGCGUUCUUCACCAGUGUGGUGGUGAUGGGGCUGGCGCUGUUCUUAUUCGGGUGGGCGAAGACGGCGCUGAUUGGAGAGUGUGAUCGCUGGGUCUGCUUCAAGAGUGGAGUGCAGAUGAUGAUGCUUGGUGGAGUCGCUGCAGGAGCGGCGAUGGGAUGCGUCAAGGCCGUUGGAAGUUGA